CACCAAACACGUGCUUCAUACUUAACAAAGGUCACAACUAUUACAUCUAUAAAGGAUUUAUGGUUUUUUAAAAGGCCAUUAGUCAAUCACUACAUCAUGGUCAACCACGAUCAAAUUGAAUGAAUAUGUCUGGCCGGUCCAAGCUGAGUAACUCAAGCUCACAGGUUCCUCGAAGGUCCGCUCGCCAUAAGACCGGCGAAGGGACAACACCAGCUCCAGAAUUCGAGGCCGAAGGGAAUGCAGCAACUCAUAAUGUUGACACUUCCUCUGAGCCUCCGCAGCUGGAAGAAAAAGAAGACGUAACAUGUGAAGCCAGUGCUCCAAAACUUGAGGAUAACCCUCAUAAGCAAAGGCCCAAAAGAGCAUCCAAGCGCCCUCAAACCCCAAAGUGUCAUAUAGAUGACCCUCUGGAUUUUAUUACGAAGGCAACAACAAAAUCAGACCUUGACAAGUGGAAAGGAUGGUGCGAGGUUGAAUCGGAGCCUGCCUUCUUCAAUGUAAUUCUUCGGCACCUCGGGGUGACUGGUAUCAAGGUUCAGGAAGUAUUUAGUUUGGAUGAUGAGAUGCUAAGUUUCCUGCCGAAGCCAAUUCAUGGGUUGAUUUUCCUGUUUCGGUUCGAGGAGGAUGACCCAGCAAUGCAGGAGGCAACUUGCCCAGACAAUAUCUGGUUCGCAAACCAGACUAUAAGCAACGCAUGCGCGACUAUCGCCCUGCUUAACAUAGCAAUGAAUACCCGGGGAGUUGACCUUGGACCAACCUUGAAUUCGUUGAAGGAUUUCUCAAUGCCAUUAACUCCUGCACUUCGCGGAUACACAGUCGGCAAUCACGACUAUCUUCGGAAAAUUCAUAAUUCAUUCUCGCGGAAGAUGGACAUGCUCAAUUCUGACUUAUUCCUUUCAAAUGAUGUCACAUCGAAGGCCAAGUUACCAGGGAAAACGGGAAAAAAUGUCGAGCAAGAGCAGGCUGGUUUUCACUUUAUUUCGCUUGUCCCAAUUGAUGGCAAACUAUGGAAACUAGACGGGCUAGAAAGGCAACCCAUGAACCUUGGAGAGUACGUUGGUGACGACUGGAUGGGUCUCGCCCGGUCUAUUAUUGAAAAACGUAUGCAGAAGUACGACGGAGAUCAAUUUGAGUUCAGCCUUCUUGCACUAUGCCAAAGCCCUCUACUCGCCGUUCACAACGAUCUCGCGGAAAAUAUCCGGACAACAUCCGCUGUCGAGGGACGGUUUGCGAGCUUUCAACCGGAUUGGCGAGGUUUCGUCGACAGCCAGUGUUUGGAAAAAACCCUCUCGGGGCCAAACGGCUCCUAUGGUAUCACCGCGCAACAUUUGGAGUCCGUGCCAGCCUCUGCUCCUAUUCUACAGGAGAUUCAAACCUCAACUAUCACGACGGAGCGCCUACUUGACCUCUGGAAACAGCUUUCUGAUUCACAGGCGCAAAUGAGAGCUUCAUACAUUGAAGAGGAAACAGCCAUUCAGCAGGACGAAGAAAGAGCAGCAACUCGGUGCCACGACUACACUCCCAUGGUUAAUACUUGGCUGGCUGCACUUGCUGAUAAGAAUGUUCUCAAAUCCCUAAUAAAUGAGGCAUCACAUGGUUACGACCAUGAGUAAUUAACGAGGUUAACGGGACACGUUCAGGUAGUGAAAUUCUCCAAAGAAUAUGUCUCUACUCGAAUAUAGUAUUGUUUUUGCCAUACAGCCAUGCUAAUCAUCGGGGUAUUCGUCCCGUAUAUUUGACACAAAUCUGUGCCUCAAGCCAUCCCAGCGCUUGAAGAAUCUCCCGGCCAGACUCAUCAGCGAAACUGGGUUAUCCGGUUCAAUCAGUUCCACGUUCUCCUCGGCCACAUAGCGAAUACUAGUAUCUUCA